AGCAUAAGAAGUGGAAUGGCGAGGCGCUGUCUCUUUCUCCCUCUCCUUCUUCUCUGGCUCUGCUGUACCCGGAUUACUAGUGGCCAGAUUAAUGGAACAGUCAUUUUAUCUCGAUUUAAUUCCACGUCGAGUUCUUUCUCAUCCGGGAUAGUCAGAGUCUAUUACAAUGGCUGGGGUAACAUCUGUAAUGAUGCGUACUUUCAUUAUGUUGAGGCCGUUGUCAUAUGUCAUCAGUUGGGAUUUGAUUCAGAGAUUUCUUAUUCUACCUCUGGGCAGAACACAAUAUAUGGUACAGAUUAUCUACCUACAGUAUGGCAAGGCUUAGAUUGUGGCAGUUAUUUUCUCUCAGUGUCUCAGUGCUUCUAUUCCACUGAGAUUGAUCACCAAUGCAGCUCCAAUAGUCAAGAUGUAAUAGUCCAAUGUUCUAGUACUAAGAUAUGGGAUAACCCAUUCCUUGGAAUGAUACGUCUACAGGGAGGGUAUUACUCUAAUGAAGGUCGUGUUGAGCUAUACUGUAAUGGACAAUGGGGAACAAUAUGUAACAAUGGGUUUGAUUCUACUGAUGCCAACACACUCUGCAGGCAACUAGGAUAUGAUACUUGUGUCUCGUAUACUUCCUCUUCUCGUUAUAAUCUGAGUCAACCAGUGUGGAGUAAUAAUAUGUACAGUGUUUCAGGGACUGGUUGUUUUGGUGAUACUAAUGCUUGCCCACUUCAGUCAAUAUCUAACUGCUCAUCUCAAAUCAGUCUUAUGUGUGGUGAGAGUUCACUCUCUAUUAAAUAUGCUGCGACAAAAAGUCUUUGCUCUCAAGUUAUGCAGAAUAAUAAGUUGCUUACUUCGCUGGUACUGUUUCGUAACAAUGUCACGUCAGCUUUGUUCACUUCUGGCAUCAUUAGAAUCUAUGGUUCUUCCUGGGGUAACAUCUGCUAUGAUUACAGUUUUAGAGCCAAUGAGUCUCAUGUUGUGUGUCACCAGUUAGGAUACACUGGAGCCUCAAGCUACUCUAGAGCUGGACUAAAAAAUUAUGGAAUGGAUCUAUUAAGUACAACUUUAAGUGGUGUUUCGUGUAGUGAUGGUGGCUAUCUCUCCAUCUCUCAGUGUACAUUUAAUCUGUAUGGCUGGAAUACUCCUUGUUAUAGUGACUCUUAUGAUGCUACAGUAACCUGCUAUACUACUAGGAUCUGGGAUGAUCCCUUCCCUGGGAUGAUACGUCUUCAAGGAGGAAACUAUUCUAAUGUAGGACGUCUUGAGAUCUUUUGUAAUGGACAAUGGGGGACCAUGUGUGUGGAUGGAUUCGAUGGAACUGAUGCCCUUACUUUAUGCAAGCAACUGGGAUAUAAUUCAUAUCAUAGAUACUACCCUACAAUUUAUCCUGCUAACUCCAGUCAGCCUAUAUGGGGCAAUAACAUGAGGAGCACUGUCAAUGAGCAAUGCUAUGGAGCUUCUAAUUCAUGUCCAGGAUCAUCAGUCUCUACCUGCUCUCACUCCAGUGAUGUUGCUCUAGAGUGCAAGUGGAAACAACAUAAUGCCGGCAGACAAAGAACGACUCUAGCAACUUGUAUGGGGCUGAUUAAGCCUCUUACAGUUACCAAUGGAGCUGUGACCCUCCUAAGACAUAGUGUCGAUGGGCCUACGAUCUACUCUGGCAUUGUCCGUGUGUAUGUUAAUGGUUGGGGUAACAUUUGUAAUGAUGAUAGUUUUGGUCUCUCUGAAGCUAAUGUCAUUUGUCAUCAGUUGGGAUACACUGGAGCCUCUAGCUACUCUAAGGCUGGAGUGGAAAGUUUUGGUACUGAUCAUGUGUCAGCAAAAUGGGAUGACUUCAACUGUGAUGACAGUAACUUUUUGUCUGUUGCUCAAUGCACCUACUCUACUGCCAUUGAUAGUGACUGUAGCUCUGAUUCAACUGAUGCUACAGUGACUUGCUAUUCAAGCAAGUUGUGGGAUAGUAAUCCUUACCCUGGUAUGGUCCGUAUAACUGGUUACUACUCUAAUGAAGGUCUGGUUGAAGUAUAUUGCAAUGGACAGUGGGGGACAAUAUGUAGCAGUGGUUUUUAUGAUGAUGAUGCUAACGCAAUAUGCAGGCAACUGGGAUAUGAGUCUUUCUCGCAAUAUAACCACUUGACUACAAUAGCUCGUAAUUAUAGUCAGCCAGUGUGGAGUACUGAGAUGAGCAGUAGAGAAAACACUUGCUUUGGAUCUAUGAACAGUUGUCCCUCUCAUUCACUGAAUGCUAGCUGUGCAAUUUAUUAUAAGACUGUUACUAUUUCAUGCAAAGAGAACUCAAGGUAUCUCAUAUAUGGUAACACUGUCUCAACAUGCUCACAUAAAAUAAUAGAUGACUUACCUGUGGGGACUAUUAUUCUCACACAAAAGGGCCUCCCCUCUAAAUCCUAUUCUUCCGGUAUAAUAAGAGUCUAUGAUAAUGGUUGGGGUAACAUCUGUGGUGGCCCUGGGAGUGGGUUUGGUCAAUCAGAGGCUAACGUGGUAUGUCACCAGUUGGGAUACACCGGAGCUGCAUCUUAUUCAUAUUAUGGAGAAGCUGGUUAUGGAGAAGAUUCUCUUUAUACUAAAUGGGGUAAUCUCAGUUGUGGUAGUAAUGAUGGACUAUCAGUUGCUCAAUGUUCUUAUUCCACUGUUAUCAGUCCUGGCUGUCAGAAAGACUUUUAUGAUGCUACAGUCUCCUGUUAUAGGACUAGAAUCUGGGACAGUUCAGUGUACACUGGAAUGAUACGUCUACAGGGAGGGUAUUACUCUAAUGAAGGUCGUGUUGAGCUAUACUGUAAUGGACAAUGGGGAACAAUAUGUAACAAUGGGUUUGAUUCUACUGAUGCCAACACACUCUGCAGGCAACUAGGAUAUGAUACUUAUUACAAAUACAACAAUUUAUCAAUCACUGCUGCUACUAAUAAACCAAUAUGGGUCACCAACAUGAAGAGUAAAUCCAGUGAUACUUGUUUUUCUUCAAGUAAUUCCUGUCCAACUGAACCAGUUACUACAUGCUCUCACUCUAGUGACGUUACCCUCUCGUGUGGUGAGAGUUCAGAAUCUGUGAAGACUAGUACACAAUGUUAUAAUCCAGAGACUGCUAGCCGUGGAACAGUAGUACUAUAUCAAAGAGGGACUGCUUCAAGCUCUUAUUCCCAUGGUAUAGUGCGGGUAUACUUCAACAGUGGAUGGGGAAAUAUAUGCGACUACUCUUAUAGCCAGUCUGAGGCCAAUGUUGUUUGUCAUCAGUUAGGAUACAGUGGUGCUUCAAGUUAUUCUACAGCUGGAGAUGGAGGAACCUAUGGGACAGACCCCAGUGCAACUAAAUUGACUAAUUUAUAUUGUGCUAGAGGGGAAUACUUGACAUUGCUACAGUGCUCAUAUGUAAAUACUACUAUUAGCUUAUACUGCAGCUAUGAUUCACAUGAUGUUACUGUUCAAUGCUACUCCACAAGGAUCUGGAAUGCUAAUGUAUUCUAUGGUAUGAUCCGGCUUCAAGGAGGCAUUUAUUCAAGUGAAGGUCGUGUUGAGAUAUACUGUCAAGGCCAGUGGGGAGCUAUCUGUAGCAUUGGCUUUACCUCAAGUGAUGCUAGCACUAUUUGCAGGCAGUUAGGAUACACUGACUAUGAGAGCUACAACAAUUUAUCUCAACCUACUGAUAGUAGUCAACCAAUCUGGGCUGGUACUAGCUCAAGGUUUUGCUAUAGUGUCUGCUCAAAUUAUACUUAUUGCUCUACCUCACAUCAAAUCUCAGUUUCGUGCGUAUACUCUUUGUCAUCGAGCAACAAUUUUGCUACAGUAUAUAAUUGUAGUAAUGGUGCUAUUGCUACACCUACAGAUUCAUCAUCAACAGAUAGCACUAUUAGUCUUACAAAAGUUCUAAUUAUUGCGAUUUCUGUUAUGAUUGCCAUUGCUGUUCUAACAGUCCUAACAGUACUUACUGCACUAUGUGUUGUGUUUAUUGUUAGAAAAAAGAUACGGAGAAGCAGUGCCUCUGGUACAGUGAGGUAUACAACAGUUGCAGUUGAAGAUGCAGAUUCAGAACAACCUAUUGCAUUACCACAGUAUCAGUAUGCAGCAUUGCCGUGUCAUGCACCACAGCAGCAGCAGCAAAGUACUGCUCCAGUACUGCUCCAGAGUACUGCUCCAGAGGAACAGCAUCAACCAGAGGAGGAGAGUCCAAUGGAACUAGCUUCAUCUAAAGAGGCUGUUGUUGAGAAGUUGGAUGAAACUACAGGAGAUAAUAUUUCCGAGGACAGUUUGAUUCUAAAUGUAUCUAAUGAGCAGGAGCUCCUACUGAAAUCUUGAUUAUCACAGCAAUCAUACUUUAUGUGCUCUAUAUAUUUCUGUCAUUUGUAUGUAGUGGUCUCUUAUUGUUAGUUGCUAUUAUAAAGUUCUUGCAGUUGCAAGCUACAACU